AGGGUGCCCCGCGCGGCGUGGACUCGGGACGCUGCCGCCAUCCCGCUGGCGAGAGGGAGAGAGAGGCCCGCCCGCUCGCCGGCUGGACUAGUGUGGGCCACUGCGUGAGGGCGCGGGGGGCCGUGUCAGUGAGACGCAGAGCGCAGCCGCCACCCCCGAACGGACAUGUUGGAGCCCAGCGCCGCCGCCGCCUCCUUUUCCUCAUCCAGCAAACGGGACUGAGAAGGGGCCCGCCACCCCUCCGCCGCUGCCUCUGCUCGGCCGCUCGCCUCGCCGCCUCGGCCACAGCCCCUUCCUGCCCGGCCUCGGGCUCCGCAGCUCGUCGCCUUCCCCGCCCCAGGCCCGGCCAGUUCCUCGGCCCCGCUCCGCCGCGGCGCGAGGUCUAUGUGACCGGCGGGCCCGGAGCAGCCGCCGCCGCAGCGCGAACAUGGACGCCGUCAACGCCUUCAACCAGGAGCUCUUUUCACUUAUGGAUAUGAAACCUCCCAUCUCUAGAGCCAAGAUGAUUCUCAUUACUAAAGCUGCUAUAAAAGCUAUUAAGCUUUAUAAGCAUGUAGUUCAAAUAGUAGAAAAGUUCAUCAAAAAGUGUAAACCAGAGUACAAGGUUCCAGGAUUAUAUGUAAUUGACUCAAUUGUGCGACAGUCUCGUCAUCAGUUUGGAACUGAUAAAGAUGUUUUUGGGCCAAGAUUCUCUAAAAACAUAACUGCCACAUUCCAAUAUUUAUAUCUUUGUCCAUCUGAAGAUAAGAGUAAAAUAGUUCGUGUGCUGAACCUUUGGCAGAAAAAUGGAGUGUUCAAAAUUGAAAUUAUCCAGCCUCUUUUGGACAUGGCAGCUGGAACCAGUAAUGCUGCCCCUGUAGCAGAAAAUGUUACCAACAAUGAAGGCUCACCUCCACCUCCAGUCAAAGUUUCUUCUGAACCCCCACAAACCACCCCAAACUCCAUACCUGCAGUACCACAGUUGCCCAGCUCUGAUGCUUUUGCUGCUGUGGCUCAACUGUUUCAGACAACUCAAGGCCAACAGCUUCAGCAGAUCCUUCAGACUUUUCAACAACCUCCAAAACCACAGUCUCCCGCUCUUGACAAUGCUGUGAUGGCUCAGGUUCAGGCUAUCACCGCUCAGUUAAAGACAGCUCCUACACAACCACCUGAACAAAAAGCUGCUUUCCCCCCACCUGAACAAAAAACUGCAUUUGACAAGAAGCUGCUUGAUAGAUUUGAUUAUGAUGAUGAGCCAGAAGCUGUGGAAGAAUCAAAGAAAGAAGAUGCUGCCGUCACCACUGCAGUACCUGCUCCUGCUGCACCUCCUGCAUCUUCUGUAGCCACACCUGCUACUGCUGCUGCUGCACCCGCUGCUGCUGCACCCACUGCCACCUCACCACCUCCCCCACAGACAACAUUUGGAUUUCCUGGAGAUGGCAUGCAGCAGCCAGCUUAUACACAGCAUCCAAAUAUGGAUCAGUUUCCACCUCGAAUGAUGGGAAUGCAGCAAGAUCCAGUACACCAUCAGGUUCCACUUCCUCCUAAUGGACAAAUGCCAGGAUAUGGACUUCUUCCUACACCUCCAUUUCCUCCCAUGGCUCAGCCUGUGAUUCCUCCAACUCCACCAGUACAGCAGACUUUCCAACCUCCUUUUCAGGCACAAAAUGAACCACUUACACAGAAGCCACAUCAGCAGGAAAUGGAAGUGGAACAGCCUUGUAUUCCAGAAGUUAAGCGGCAUAUGUCUGAUAGCAGAAAGUCAAGAUCUAGGUCAGCAUCCAGGUCACCAAAAAGGAGACGAUCUAGAUCUGGUUCUAGAUCUCGAAGGUCUCGUCAUCGACGUUCCCGAUCACGGUCCAGGGAUAGACGCCGACAUUCUCCUCGAUCUCGAUCCCAAGAAAGGCGUGAUCGAGAAAAAGAGAGGGAACGGAGACAAAAAGGCCUGCCUCAAAUCAAACCAGAAACUGCAAGUGUUUGCAGUACUACACUCUGGGUGGGACAGCUGGACAAAAGGACUACUCAACAGGACGUUGCCAGUCUACUAGAAGAGUUUGGUCCCAUUGAAUCAAUUAAUAUGAUUCCUCCCAGGGGCUGUGCCUAUAUUGUUAUGGUUCAUAGGCAAGAUGCUUAUCGUGCCCUGCAGAAACUGAGCCGUGGAAACUAUAAAGUAAAUCAAAAAUCCAUAAAGAUUGCCUGGGCCUUAAACAAAGGAAUAAAAGCAGAUUACAAGCAGUAUUGGGAUGUAGAACUUGGCGUUACCUAUAUUCCAUGGGACAAAGUCAAGCCUGAGGAACUGGAGAGUUUUUGUGAAGGAGGAAUGUUGGACAGUGAUACACUUAACCCAGAUUGGAAAGGAAUUCCCAAGAAGCCUGAAAAUGAAGUUGCUCAAAAUGGAGGUGCAGAAAGCUCACAUACAGAACCAGUAUCACCCAUACCUAAACCUUUACCUGUGCCUGUACCUCCUAUUCCUGUUCCUGCACCUAUAACAGUGCCACCUCCACAGGUCCCACCACAUCAGCCGGGUCCUCCUGUAGUUGGUGCUCUCCAGCCACCCACAUUCACACCUCCUUUGGGAAUUCCCCCUCCAGGUUUUGGUCCUGGUGUUCCUCCACCACCUCCUCCACCACCAUUUUUGCGCCCAGGAUUCAAUCCAAUGCAUUUACCACCAGGUUUUCUUCCUCCUGGACCCCCACCUCCUAUAACUCCACCAGUAUCCAUUCCUCCUCCUCACACUCCACCAAUAAGCAUCCCAAACUCUACUAUCGCUGGUAUAAAUGAAGACACUACAAAAGACUUAUCUAUUGGAAAUCCCAUUCCAACAGUGGUGUCUGGGGCUAGAGGAAAUGCCGAGUCUGGUGACAGUGUGAAAAUGUAUGGCUCUGCUGUGCCACCUGCUGCACCCACGAAUCUGCCUACCCCUCCUGUAACCCAGCCUGUUUCACUUCUUGGCACUCAAGGAGUCACUCCUGGUCCUGUAAUCGGGCUCCAGGCACCAUCUACUGGUCUUCUGGGUGCACGACCUGGCCUCAUCCCACUCCAGCGCCCUCCAGGAAUGCCUGCACCUCAUUUACAGAGAUUCCCUCUGAUGCCACCCCGCCCCAUGCCACCGCACAUGAUGCACAGAGGUCCACCACCAGGACCAGGGGGCUUUGCAAUGCCUCCACCGCAUGGAAUGAAAGGGCCCUUCCCACCACAUGGCCCUUUUGUUAGGCCUGGUGGAAUGCCAGGGUUGGGGGGCCCGGGGCCAGGCCCAGGGGGUCCUGAAGACAGAGAUGGAAGGCAGCAACAAUCGCAGCCACAGCCACAGCAGCCACCUCCACCACAGCCACAGCCGCAGCAACCACCACCAUCACAGCAGCCACCACCAGCCCAGCAGCAGCCACAGCAGUUUAGAAAUGAUAGCAGGCAGCAGUUCAAUUCAGGUAGAGAACAAGAAAGGUUUGGAAGAAGAUCUUUCGGAAAUAGGGUGGAAAAUGACCGGGAACGGUAUGGGAACCGUAAUGAUGAUAGAGAUAAUAGUAAUCGUGAAAGGAGAGAGUGGGGAAGAAGGAGCCCUGACCGGGACAGGCACAGAGACUUGGAAGAGAGAAAUAGACGUUCUAGUGGGCACCGAGACAGAGAGAGAGAUUCUAGAGAUAGAGAGUCUCGUAGAGAGAAGGAAGAAAACCGAGGAAAGGAAAAGCCUGAGGUGACAGACAGGGCAGGUGGUAACAAAACCGUUGAACCUCCCAUUAGCCAAGUUGGAAAUGUAGACACUGUUUCAGAACUUGGUAAGGGGGAGGCCGAGGCCACAGUGGUGAAACCUUCCGAAGAGUUACCUGCUGAGGCUACCUCAUCCGUUGAACCCGAAAAGGAUUCUGGCUCAGCAGCAGAGGCUCCUCGUUAGAGACUGGAAUUUGUCCCAAUGUGACAGUGACACUUCUGGAGUGUAGAGCUUGAGGUGUACAGAUGCUGUAUUAUAUUUGCUCCUGCUAUAUCACAGCCCCGCAGUAGUUGGUGGGGAAUUGUAAAGCAAUUUGAUUGCUUCCCUUCUAUUUAAAAAUAGCCACAAAAUAACAAAAAAUACUGAAGAUAUGAAUAAAUAUUACCCUUUUUGCUGUAACUUUUUAAAAGUUUUGACUUUAAAAAGUUUACAAAUCGUAAUUAGAAGUGCUCUCUAUUUUUUUUUUUUUUUAAUUUAAGACAAGGUAACGGUGAAAGCUCCUCAAAAACAAUAGGGAUGUUUUUAAUAAACUCUAUUUUCGUAACAAACUUUAAUGUGUGCUAUUCUUCCUACACUGCAUUAAGGUAGAAAAGGAUUGUUCACCAUCAAAGUUUGAGCUCUUAUGUAUUGGAGUCUAAAUUAGACUUGUUUGAUGGAAAUACAAUUUUAUGUAGUUACUCUCAAACACUAUCAUUUGUAAUUUUUUUGAUUUUUAGCAUUUUAAUCAUAAGUUUAGCGGUUUGUUACUUGAAAAGCUCGUUAGUGUUUGCAGUUCAAUCAAGGUUUUUGUUUUUUUCCAUUGGCUUUGUGGUAAUGUCCUAAUUAAUUUGUAAAAACAUUUUAUUUGGGGAGAAAUUGAUUCCCAAAUCAUAAAACUGUACCAUAAAAUUAUCUGUUUACCUUGGAUAUUACUUAGGGUUUUUUUUUUUUUUUUAAUCAUCCCAUUAAAUUUUUCCAAAAAGGUAAAAUGAAAUCAAGGUUAACAUUUGCAACCUGAAAGCUUUUUGUCUUAUUUUAUAUAAGGACUUAAAUGCAACCUAUUGUUUCUUAUAAGCCUUGCCUGUUGCCUUUCUUUACUGUUUUAAUUUCCCUGCUGCUCAGAGGUAGACUGAAUUUUUUGCCACAUAAAGUGUUUUAUCUCUUUUGCUUAUAACUGUUGGGCUAACUGGGAAAAUGGAUUUAAGUUAUUCAAGAAGUAUCACUUGAAAACAUUUGAAACCAAAACAAGCCUUCAUAAGAAGCAGUACAGAAAAGCAGUCACAUGAAACUGCUUACCCAGUCCUCCUAAAUUCUUAUACUGUCCUAGUUUCCUAGUGCUGAGUAGGUGACUUUGUUUAUCUGCAUCCUCAGUGAAACUACAUUAUUUUACUACUUCUCAGUAAGAUCUGUAUAGACGAGGAUAAUGUAUUUAGGACAGCCUUCUACCCCUGCCUUUAGAAAAGUCCAUUUCAUAUCUGUAAACUUCAAUUACAAAACUUUUCUUUAGUUUUGUGUUGCUCCAACUUAGGAAGUUUUGAAGCACUAACUGAAACUCCUUCCAGAUUUCAAGGACUUUGGUGUUCCUGAUUCCAGUUUAAGCUUCUACUUCCAGUUCAAAGUAUUGACACCACCUCAUUUGAACAUGAAAACAAAAGCAAAAACACUGACUUUUGUAGUAUGACUGCUUACUGUCCCUGUUAUCUGAGUCAUCCCACAGGUGCAACAAACUACAUUAACAAAAUCUGGAAAUACUGUUUAAAAUUCUCUUAUCUGAAGACCAUCUAACCACUUAAUGAGCAUAUUCUUUAUCUCAAAUCUGAACUUUGAAAACAGUAUCUUUUUCAAAUUUAGCUGUUCUAAAUGACCUCUUACAUUUCAUAAAGUACAUAUUUAUGGUAGAGAAACCAAGAAUAAACUACAAUCCUAUCAGAAAUCUUUAUACAAUUCUUAACUGUCAUCCAGAUAGUCACAAACCUUCGAUAAACACAUUCUCUCACAGGUACAUACAUAUUUACAUCAAAGGAAGAGAACUGAUUUCUCUAAUUCCCUCAAUUGCAACUUGGGUAAAGUAAGUAAAUUCUUAAAGACUAUUUUAACAGCCAGAACAAAUAUUUCCCUGGUUCUACCUGCUAGUACUUGUAGUAUCAUGAGAGGGCCAAUCUGAAGAAAACAGAUUGUGCCAACUUCCACUUUGUAAAGUUAAAUCAUUCUGAUAGGUAGGUCAAUUAAUCUUAGCUAACUAGGUGUAAUUAGCCUUUUACAAGUCACUAAAAAUUAUGAAAGGGCUUUCUUAAACCAUACUACAUGCUUUUGAAAAUAAACUUAGGUAAUUUAUGAAUCAAAAUGCUAAGUUACUAAGCAGGGAAAUUCCCCUAAAGCUGACAAAGGACAAAUUUGGGUUGCCAUAGCUAAAAAGAGAGCUGCUAAAAUUUUUACAUUUUGAUGCCCUCUCUCAAAACGUUUUGAAAGUGCUAUGAAAUCAUUAGUAUUACUACAUCUGUUCAAUUCAUGUUCUAUGUAUAAGAGUAUCAGAGCUUAAUUUAGAAUUUUGAUUUGGAUACUUUAAUAGGCUCAAAAUAAAUGUCAUCCUUCCUUAGGGUGUUUAUUCACAAGCUUGAAUGAGAAUUGAAGAAACUCAGUGAGUUUAAUACCCACAUGUGAUAAGUGGUAAAAUACGGAGAUUGUUAAAACAUUUUAAUUAAAUGAAUUUUAUAAAACUAUACAAUAUUUCCAAGUAAUUGUAAAUCAUUCUCAUUACAACACUUAAAGCAAUUAAAAAGAAGUCACACAAUUACACUUUUAAGAUUAUAAUGUUUAAUGUUUAUCAAGUUAAAUUUCUACAGCUAGCAGGAUAAUAGAUGAGUUACUGGGACUCAGACAACAUAGAAGGGAAUGUUUACUGCGCGAUCCCAAUUACACCACAAGCCAGACGACUUCCAGCAUUUCCUGUCUUUGUACUUUCUUCAUUUCCACCUUUGCCCAAGUCAUCUGGUUUUUCAUGGACCUUUAAAAAAAUUUAAGAACAUUUAACUUUGGGCUAUCAAGUAAUAUAGAAUCUCUUCCCAACAAUGCUCUAAAAGACUUCUAAAAAUCAUUUAAUAUUAGAAAACAACAUGUUAAAAUAAUCCAAUUAUCAAAAAAACACAAAAACUAACAUGCUAGGAGUUUCAAAGUAGAAACUACUAAAAAGUUUUUUCUUGUUGGUGCAAAGACAAGUUACCUUUAAACACUAGCUAAGUGUUGCUAUCUCUAAAAGAAAUACUGAAAACCCAAAUGCCACAUGGUCUUCAUUCUCCAUGAAAAAACAGUAACCUUAGUUAUAGUCAAAAAUUUCAUGCCUAAUGAACUGUAGACCUAUAAAUAAGAAAGAAUCCUAAAACUAUUUAGCAAUGGUAUUUUAAAUUUUGUACAUUAAAUGCUUCACCAAUAGGGCUGAAGAAAAUUCUAAGGAUAAAGGGUCCACUGAAAGGAAGUGCCUACUGAAUGUUAACUGCCCUGACGGGGCAAGAGAGCCUUUCCUACCAGGUGGCGUGCAUGAAGCAGAUGCAGCUUCCAGGGUAACUUGGGAGGACCGCUCCAUAUGGCAGCCUACACACUUGACUCAUUAUGAAUACUCAAAUCCAUCCCAGAUUUUAGAUUCAACAAAAUACUCUAUUUACCUACAAGGGGAAACAAUCAUGGCAAUAAAAUAUGGCUGCUUUAAAACUAAAAACUACUAUCUCCCCAAUUUGAUCUGAUAUGGCCAAAUAUAACCUGCUUUUUACUGCACCUUAGCAGAACAGUGUUCUUAACUGACCUAGAUACAUUAAUUCAUCUUCACUGUAGACAUUGAAUAAAAUACUUUUCCUAAUCUGAACUAAAAGUACAAUUUAUGUGGAUAUUUAAAAACCAAGACUAACCACUGAGAAAAUGGUGAAAAGAUACAUGACUAUAUGUGAGAAAAAAUCCUAUGCAUAUCCUUUAUAUGAAAACUUACCACCAUUGUGCGGCCAAUGAUGGAAUGCUCUCCUGAGAGUGAGAUCACAGAAUCUUCAAUGGACACAUUAGCCACACCAUCUUUGUCAGCAAUCACAUUACCCAGGUCUCCGACGUGCCUGGCAUUGAAAAAUUAUCAGAUGGAUUAGCACUGAUUUUCACUUAACAUCAGAGGAUUCAUGUACUAAAUUAAAACAUGACUGAGUCAAAUAUAUAAGGCAGACUAAGAGGUAUGUAUCAAAAAAGAUCACUUUUCCAGAUUGACAAAAUUCUGAAAACAUAAAUUUAAAAACAAGCUGAGAAGGAGUCCUGGGAUGGGGGCAACCUCUAAUUUCAGAGAUAAAGUACCACAGAGUAAACUCAUCUACUGAGUUAUCCCUCUCAGUUAAUGGAACAAUUAAGAAAGCUAGGCCCCGAGGCCUUCUGUUAUAAAAAAUAAAUUAAUCUUGUCCUUAAACUUAAUAUUCUGAAAGGUCUUCAGAAGACACACACAUACAAAUGGGGGUCUCAGCUAGUUUCCAGCAUGACAUUUUUAUCUACAGAAGCUUCCUAGGUUCACACUGAUGCUUUCCUUUUCUAGUGGCCAACAAUACUGUUACUCUUGACAUUUCCUGUAUUAGUUCCCUUUGGCACUUGUAUUAGUUCUAUAUUCAAUAAAUGCUACAAAACCUAA